GUAUGGCAGGAGUGGCUAUGUUAGCCUCCCACUGGAACUUGCCUAUUUUUGGCUGGGUGUCCAACGAUCAUUCCCUAGAGGACAGAACUGUUUACACUACUCUUGUGCGUCUUCUGGGUCCGUUGAACCAGUUCUCGUACACCAUGAACUUUGUCACCAUCUUGUUCCGAUGGCGACGUUUCGCCAUGAUUUACGACGCAGAUUCCGCUUACAAAUCAGUCAAUGACGCCAUCACAGUGUAUCUGACAGAGAGAAACAACACCGUUACCUCCCAACACGUUGUCUACGAGAGCCUGCCUGACAGCCAGAUUCAAAAAAUCUUUCAACAAGUGCGGAAAUACGCUAGAGUGAUAGUGUUCUCUGUUCCCUGGAUGACCAUGAGAAAGUACAUGCUGGUA